AUGGGCUGGAGCAAAGGGGGCAAAAGUCAGAGUAAUACACAUGACAGCUGUCACCACGGACAUUCGGAUCAUUCUCACAGUCACGGGCCGAGAGCAGCGGCCUUCAGCGGCAUGGAUCUCCCGUUCGUGCCCGGUUUUCAUGAAAAGUUUGGCAACAAUACAGAUGAUGCAAUGGACCUAAGUCAACAGCCAAAGAAACGGUCGCACCUAGAUGACAGCAAUAGCUGGGACAUAGUGAAGGCAUCACAGUUCGGCAUCUUGGACCGGUGUAAGGAGCUGGUGGAAGCUGGAUAUGAUGUCAAGCAGCUGGACAAGGAGAAUGUUUCUCUGUUGCACUGGGCGGCUAUAAACAAUCGCUUGGAGCUGGUGAAGUACUACAUUUCUAAAGGAGCAAUAGUUGACCAGCUCGGAGGAGACCUAAACUCUACACCACUUCAUUGGGCUGUAAGGCAGGGCCACCUUCCCAUGGUAAUUCAGCUGAUAAGGUACGGAGCAGAUCCCUCCAUUGCAGACGGCGAAGGUUAUCGUGCUCUUCACCUCGCCAUUCUCUUCCAACACAUGGCCAUAGCAGCUUAUCUUAUGGCCAAGGGACAGGAAGUUGACUUACCUGACUGCAAUGGACAAUCUCCCCUGAUGUUAGCAGCCCAGAAGAUUAUUGGGCCUGAGCCUACCAGCUUUCUGAUCAAAAACAAUGCCUCGGUCAGCGCAAUGGACAAAGUGAACAGGAACACUCCGCUUCACUGUGCUGUGCUGGCGGGGAACGUAGACGCUGCAGAUGUCCUGCUGAAGGCUGGAGCGAGUUUGGAUCUCCAAAACACCAACGGCCACACGCCUCUCGACCUUGCUCACCAGGUGCACAGCCCCCUGCUUAUCUAUGUGCUCAACCAAGCCAAACAGGAGAGGAGCCACGCCAACUCACGCUGUUUACGAAUUGCCAUCAAAUACAGGGUGUUCCUGCAAUUUUUGCUGUCCACUGCCAUGUUUGGCUGCUUGGGUGCCAUACUGGAUAUGAAUACAGACUCAUGGUUGCUCAAAGCGAUCCUGCUAGCAUGCGUGGUCGGUGCAAUCAGUUUGGCCACAAGGAAUUUCCCCAAAGAAGUAUUUCAGUCACUUCUACCGGCGACAACUCUCAUGGCCUCCAUCUUCUGGAUGCUUGUCACGUGGUGCCUCUGGUUCCUACCUGAUGGCCAUAGCGUCACAGUCCAAGUUCUUUUCACGUUGAACGCGACCGCUCUGCUCUACUACUACCUCCGUGCCUGCAGGACUGACCCUGGCUUUGUCAAGGCAACUGAAGAGGAGAAGAAAAUGAAUGUGUUGGUGUUGGCUGAGGCCGGCUGCCUCGACCCCAGUAUAUUCUGCACUUCCUGCAUGAUAAAGAAACCAGUUCGAGCAAGCCACUGCCAGAGAUGUGACGCCUGUGUAGCGAAGCAGGACCAUCACUCUGUCUGGACAAACACCUGCAUUGGUGCUAGGAACCAUCUUUACUUUGUCCUCUUCGUGCUCUCUCUUUUACUAAUGGGCAUCUGGAUGUUCUACGGCUGUCUUGUGUACUGGUCGACACACUGCAUGCCGCGUAUUGAGGGGCACGGUGUGGUGGCAGUAGCCUUUGCAGUGGUCGACUGCUCUCCGUGGUUGCUGUGCGUCUUCUUGUUGGCCUUGUACCACACCUGCUGGUCCAGCUUCAUCCUGCUCCUGCAGCUUUACCAGAUCGCCUUCCUCGGACUGACUACAGCUGAGAGGAUGAGCUUGUUAAUGCAUGCAAGAAAACAUGGACAAACCUUGUCCUUGUCCCAAAAUCCGUACAAUUUGGGAGUUGUGCGGAACCUGGCGUCCUUCUUCAAGCUGCGAUGCUGCGGCCUCUUCAAACCGGCCAUCAUCGACUGGACGCAGCAGUUUCCACCGGGCCGUGACCAGCACUUGUUCAGACCCACGGACAUGGUGUAA